AUGGCACGUUUGACGUGGAUCCUUGUGGAGCUCUUGUUAGUGCGGCACCUUUUCGCGACCAAAAAGAAUGAUGUUUCACUGGACUUGGGCCCACCAUGCCGCAAGUCGCCUCUGCUAGCAGCACUGAAUGUUAGCGGCUCGCACGGCCAGAUGUUGGUCGUCUACAGCGGCAAAGGUUGGGCCUGGACUGCAAGGAAUGGUAAAGGUGGCAAAGGUAAACAUCAUCGGAAGGAGAAGAAAAAAGUGAUGUUUCUUUCAGACAUGUGGCGCUUCCACCUCGACACCAACCAAUGGCAUCCCAUCAAGUAUGGCGACGGUCCUUUGGGAAGGUGGAAGGAAGGUGCCGCGGCUGUUCGCAAUAACAGUAAAUUGGUGUUGAUGGGUGGAUGCACGGAGACCUCCGUGAAGUUCGCAAGGAACGAUCUUUGGGUCUUCACACCUUGGCCUGGAGGCGGUGGUGCUUGGCGCAGAGUUCAAACUGCAAAUCCUCCUGUGCCCAGGCGCGGCCACGUCCUUGUGGCAAACCGCUCGCACCUGAUUAUGUUUGGGGGCAAGACCACGCAUCGGCUUGAGGAGAGGGCUUUCCAUGAGAUGGAGGAGGACAUUCCUGAUCUUGAGUACACGCCGCAGCCAGGAGAGAAAUGCCUCGUUGACCUGUGGGUGAUCUCCAAAGAUGAGGUGCUCGCAGAUGACAGCGGAGAUAGACUUCCAAGGUGGCACCAAGGUGCGCCGUUUCCAGCCGGCUGUCGAUGGGGUGGAACUGGUUCCUUCAUCCGCGACUACCUUGGCAAGAAGUACCUGGCAAUGUUUGGUGGCCGCCACUUAAGUGCUGGAAGUGCGGAGCAUCAGGACGGCAGCGUGUAUGUUUACUACAAUGAUGUGUGGCUCUACGACUUCAGCGAGGAUGCCUGGUAUGAGGCUCCAGCAAAGGGUGCCAGGCCAUGCCCACGGGAUCACCAUGGCGCAGCGACUUUGAAUGACAAGCUUUACAUCUACGGCGGACGCCAGUCCGAACUGCGUUCGGGACACUCGGUGCUGGGAGAUGUGUGGAGCUACGACAUCAACACGCUUACCUGGACGGAGCAUGUACCAGUCGGACUGGCACCUAGCGCCCGCUUCAUGCCAGGAGUGUCGGACAUCUUUUAUCAAGGGGCUCAGCAUCUGGCAGUCUUCGCAGGUGAGACACUUCCGGGCUCCACAAAGAGGACCACGCUGAAUGAUCUGUGGGUCUUCAACCCUGCCUCAGCCAUGUGGAUGGAGCUUGCUGCGUCGACGUGCCACGAGAAGCUCGCAGUGGAGGAGGAGGAGGAGCUCAGUUGGAGUACGCAAGGAAGCCCAGCCCCUUCCAGAGACAGGGAGAUCGGAUGCCUAGCUGUGGUCUUUUGCCUGGCGCCCAUGGCCUACUUGGGAAUCAAGAGGUUCGCAGCACCAGCGCGAGCACGGGAGAUGAAGCAGCCAUUCCUCGGGUGA